GAACAGUAGACGAAAUUGGAACGAUACAGAGAAGAUUAGCAUAUCUUUUAUUUUAUUUUCCCCAAAAUAUUAACAGAUUCAUCAUCAAAUUCUCAUGAAUAAAACCAUAAAUUUCCAGUUUUUUUUUUCAUCUGUUGUUCGUCGUUCGUCAGAUGGAUUUUGCUUUCCAUUUCCGGGCUUUAAACUCAGAAGAAACAAUUGAUUACUUGGUAGAAUAACAUUUCAAAAGGUCUUAGAAUUGACAGCGAAUGAGGACAUAUGAAGCUGUGUAUCAUCCAAGAACUUAGCCAAUGGUUUUACUUGACGAGAUUUAGCGUGUUCUUUGUCUAAGACUGUGGUUUGGCCCUGUGAGUCAGGACAACUACUAGCCUCUUUUGGAUAUGGAGCAGACUCAGGAAUCUACUGAAGCAUUUAGUUCACCAAUGGAUCGUGGAGACGAGAUGUUCAGUUCUUAGUCACAACAACAACAACAACAAAGCAAAGACGUAAAAAGAGUCAUAACCUUAGGAUGAGCAUAAGUUGAUUUUGCAGCAAAAGAGAUACUGUUUUGUGUUUCUGGUUACCUGUGAAUUUGCUUUCAGUCAGUGGGGAGUUUCGUUUUGGUGAUUCAGUCUCUGUUUGUAAUCUUUGUUCGUUGAAAAGUUUCUUCUACUGCAAAAUGGUGUGUUUACUCAAUUCUUUGAAUUUGUUUCUACUUAGAAAGUUUGUAUAGAACUUGCUAUUUGUUUGUAUCCUUCAAGCUGUCAACUUUUGCUUCUAAUAAGAUUGUAUUCAUUCAUUUCAAACAAUUGUAAUUAAAGUGAGGUCCAAUAAACCGGACUUAACCGAACCAAACCGGAUCCAAUUAUCCACGUAGAAACAAACACACGAGUGGAAAGAGAGAGGACUCUCGGGCUAUAAAUACGAAAUGCCUUUAAAAAUUGUUUCUUUCAUUUUUCUAUCUUCGUUAAUUUCUCUGCUUCUCAAUCUUUCUCUCGCGACAUGUCUGAGUUUAUCGAUCAAGAUGAUUCCAAGAUGGAGGAAGAUUUGAAUCAUCAAGAAGAGUCGAAUUCGGAGCUUUGUGAUGAUGGUGCCUCUCAAGUGAAAGACUCUGAAGAAUCUACGCCAACUGUCUCUGUUGUGCCUGCGUCUUGUUCCGCCAUUAAUGAAGCCACAAAGAAAACAAAUUUUUCUUCUUUAUCUUCAAGAAACGGUGAAAGUAGUGAAACCGGAGAGAUAAACACGGUAGCUGGAGAAGAUAACCGCAAUGAUGGUGAUGAUGGAUAUGAGACGUCCAAGAGCGAUGAAGAAACCAGUAGUCUUGUUACUCAGCCUCAGAAUCCACAUCGUUCUUACUCUGACACGUCUCUGUUGAUGAUUUCUCCGAGAGAAAAUGUUGGAUUCAGUAGUCUUGUUACUCGGCCUUCACAUCAGAAUCCAAGGCUUGAUCAGAUCGUCUCUUUUGUGCCUGCUUCUUGUUCCGCCAUUAAUGAAGCCAGCAAGAAAACAGAAGCUUCUUCUUCAAGAAACCGUGAUAGUAGUGAAUCUGGCGAGAGAAGGAGGGUAGAUGAUAAAGAAGAGGAUCGCAAUGACGGUGAUGAACCCAAGGAAUCUGAUAUAUACAAGACAUUGCUUGGGCUCGAUAGUUAUUUUGAGUUCUCAGUCCAUAACGAAGAAGCUGAAAACAGAGAAGUACAGAACCACGAGUUUCCGAGUUCACCAGCAUGGAACACAUAUCAGCAGCAUUCAGUGGCUAACCAGAUGCCCAAUCCAAUGCAUGGUAAGAUGAUGUACCCAUAUCAGCAUCCAGUGAGGCCAAUGCAUGGUCCGAUGAUGUACCCAUAUCAACAUCCAAUAACUAACCAGAUGGCCAAUCCAAUGAUGCCAAUGCAUGGUCCGAUGAUGUACCCAUAUCAACAUCCAAUAGCCAACCAGAUGGCCAAUCCAAUGAUGCCAAUGCAAUAUCCGCUGAUGUACCCAUAUCUGCAUCCAAUGGCUAACCAGCAGAACUUGUAUCAGCAACAUCCAGUGACUAACCAGAUUCCCAAUGUUGUGCCAUUUCAAACUCAGAUGUUCAAUCGAGGGCCUGCAUCUGCACCGCAGAGACUUCAGAACACAUAUCCAGUGGUUUACCAGAUGCCAACGAGGAUUCCAAGGCAUGUACUUCAACAACUUUCAGGAAUGAGGCCAAUGCCGUAUCCAAGGGGUAAUCAGCAGAACUUCUAUCAACAACAUCCAAUGGCUCACCAUAUGCCAAUGCCGUAUUCAAUGGCUAAUCAGCAGAACUUCUAUUACCAACGUCCAGUGACCAAUCUAGUUCCAGCGCAAAGCACGAUGAUAAUGCCGGCUGAAUCACAUGUUCACUGGUAUGAUACUGAACAAUGUUUAAACAGUUGGGGAAUGAGGCUAAUACAGGAUCCAAUGAUGUACCCAUAUCAGUAUCCACAUGCUAACCAUCUGAACCAGAGGAUGCCGCAAUUCAGAAGUAAUCAGUUGUCUACAACAAUAACACCAGAUGGACAGACAAGAUCAGUUGCUAUAAUUCAGGACCCUUUCAGCCCGCAACAACGUGUUUAUUUGGUCUUAGAUGUAGUACCACAGGCUCAGGUGAAUCAUUUUCUGCAACGUCAAACUCAAACGCAACAACCAACGCAGUCUCAAGGUGGUGACCGUGGGGCGUCUUCUUCUGAACAAGGUGGAUAUCAGCAGCAGCCUAAGUAAAACGAUUCUAGUUUUUCUUUUUAUCAAAACUCUCUCAGAUUGAUUUUGAUAUCAGUAAAUGAAUUAAAGUUUUCUUCAUUGUGAUACUAAAGGUUCACUCUACUAGUCUGAAAGGUUUUCUUUUUACAAUGCCCAUUUUGUGUAACUUGUUAAAGAUUGAGAAACGUUGAUCAACUGUUUAGCUCAAAACUCUGGAAAAUCAAAAGAAAAAUUGAAGAUGAAGAAAGAUUUCACUUUCUCAAUCGUGUUGGUUGAAGCAAAUCGUUUCUCAUCAAUUUCAAUCUAGUAUUCAUAAAGAUUC